ACACAGCUGGCAAAGAUCACUUUGACACAAGUUAUUUUGUUCAACCGAAGAAGAGCAGGGGAGGUGUCCAAAAUUCCCCUGUCUGCAUAUCUGGCUAACAAUGUAUCAGACCCUCGGGAAGAUGUCAGUGAAGCUCUGUCUGCAUUAGAAAAGAAACUCUGCCAACACUUCAGAAGGAUUGAGACAAGAGGAAAAAGGGGAAGAAAAGUUCCUGUGCUUUUGACCCCAGCAAUGCAGCAAGCAUUGGAUCUGCUGGUGAGCAAACGGCAUGAAUGUGGGGUUCCUCAGGAGAACAAGUACUUAUUUGCAAGACCAACUGCUUUUACCUGCUACCGUGGUUCUGAUAGCCUUAGACAUUUUGCCAAGGUCUGUGGUGCAACAAGUCCUGAAAGUCUAACCUCGACAAAACUGCGCAAACAAACAGGAACACUAUCUCAAGUUCUCAACCUCAGUAAUACAGAGCUGGAUCAGUUAGCAGAUUUUCUCGGCCAUGAUAUAAGAGUGCAUCGGCAGUUCUACAGACUUCCUGAGGGCACCCUCCAACUUGCUAAAAUAAGCAAAGUUCUCAUGGCUCUGGAAAAAGGACGCCUGGCAGAAUUUAAGGGAAAGACCCUCGAUGAAAUCAGCAUUGACCCUGAGGAGAAUGUGCAUCCUGACAGCGAUGCUGAGGUGGAGCCAGACAAACACGAAAGUCGGGUCACAUCUAGUCAGAGGGAGGAGAACGAGGCAUCAGAUGUGGGCCAUAGCAAUGCCUCACCACAGCAGAACCGUAGCGAUGCCUCACCACAGCAGAACCGUAGCGAUGCCUCACCACAGCAGAACCGUAGCGAUGCCUCACCACAGCACCCUCAGUCAUCAAAAAGAGAAAGAGCUCGUCAGCCUGCCAAGAAAAGGAUGUGGGAGAACGAGGAGAUCCUUGCCAUUGAGAAGCACAUGAUGUCCUUCAUCAUCAAAUGUCGUGUUCCUGGGAAAAGCGACUGCGAUAAGUGCCUUGAACAGGAAAAACUGUGA